AAACCAGUCAGACGAACUUCCGAUUUAAACGGGUUAAGAUCGUGUGCUUUGAAAUGGGCUCUUUGAUAAAUUUAGGAUUGGCAUAGGUUCUAGUAACAGGAGUAAAAAAUUUUAUUUGUGUUGUGGUGAUUAAGAAAGUGUUUAUUUGAGUUAAUUAAAAGAUUAAUUGGGGGAAAGAAAUAUGUCUGAAGAGCAUUUAACCGAUCAGAAGGCCUCGAUCCUUUUAGGAGCUAAACGGAUAAACUGCACCAAAUUGGUUAAAAAACGACUUCCGAUAUUAACAUGGUUACCUAACUACAGUAUUAUUAAGUUUUUGCAAGAUACUUUAGCGGGAAUCAGCGUUGGUUUGACCGAAGUUCCACAAGGAAUAGCUUACGCUAUAGUUGCAGGUCUUGAACCUCAAUAUGGUUUAUACUCAGGUUUUAUGGGUUGUUUUGUUUACGCAAUCUUGGGUAGCUGCAAAGACGUCAACAUCGGUCCAACCGCGAUUAUGGCAGCGAUGAUACAACCCCACGUAGAAAUUUUAGGCGCCCCGGGAGCAAUUUUAAUGACAUUUUUAACUGGUUGUAUCGUUUUUCUAUUGGGUUUAUUAAACCUAGGAUUUUUAGUAAGAUUUUUUUCUUACCCGGUAAUAGCUGGAUUUACAUCCGCCGCAUCGGUACAAAUAGGAAGCACGCAAAUUCCGUCGUUAUUAGGAAUUAAACGGAAAGCGAACGAUUUUAUUGAUGCAUGGAAAAUUAUUUUCGAAUCUAUUGGAGAUACGUUACUUUGGGACGCCGUUUUAGGUGUUGUUUGUUUGGUGAUAUUACUUUUAAUGAAAGAAUUAAAACGAUUUGGUGGACUAAAAUAUAACCCAAUUUGGAGUCGAUCAAGGAACUUUUUCGGGCGAAUUAGCUGGGUUUUAUCAAUAGCAAGAAAUGCUUUAGUUGUUGUUGUAACAACCCUAUUAGCUUAUGUAUUAAUGUUAAACGAUAAACAACCGUUUACAUUAACUGGAACAUUAGCCGAAGGGCUCCCUAACUUUAAAUUCCCGGAAUUCACCAUUGAACAUAAUGGAACCACAUCUUCUUUUGGAGAUAUUGUUUCAAUUUAUGGAAGUAGUUUAGCUUUUAUACCGUUAGUUUGCAUUUUGGAGAGUGUUGCAAUCUCAAAAGCUUUUUCUAAAGGAAAAACUGUUGAUGCAACGCAAGAAAUGAUUGCUGUUGGUAUAAGUAACAUUUUAGGAUCAUUUUUCGGCUCCAUACCCGUUACUGGUUCUUUUACAAGAACUGCAGUUAACAACUCAUCAGGAGUUAGAACGACAUGCGGAGGAAUAAUCACUGGGAUUAUUGUACUUUUAGCGCUACAAUUUUUAACAUCCAGUUUUUAUUAUAUUCCAAAAGCAACAUUAGCCGCUGUUAUUAUCUCCGCUAUGAUUAAUUUGUUUGAAUAUGAAGCAAUCUUUUUAUUAUGGAAAACCAAAAGGUUAGAUUUAAUCCCUUUCACCGUAACAUUAGUGGCAUCGUUAAUAAUCGGAUUAGAAUAUGGCAUUUUAAUCGGAAUCGCUACCAAUUUGCUUUUCCUUUUGCAUUCGAGCAUGAAACCUAAACUCAACAUUGAAAAGGAAAAGAUGCCAGAAGGUGAUGUUUUUAUCGUAACCCCAACGGCGGCAAGAAUCCAUUUCCCAGCUGCAGAGUAUAUUCGAGAAACGAUUAUGAAGCGGUGUAACCCAGAAAAUGAUGACAAAAUCACUGAAAAUGAACGCGUUACUGUUGUUAUCGAUGGAAAAUAUGUAACUAAUUUAGAUGCAACAGUAGCUAAAAAUAUUAAAACAUUAGCUGACGAUUUAAAAUCAAGGAAUCAAUCGAUAGUAUUUUGGAAUUUUAAGGAAUCCGUUAAAAAAAUAUGCACAGGGGUUGAUAACUCGAUGUAUCAGUAUUUCAGGGAUGGCAAUUUAAAAGAUAUUAUCGAAAACCCCGCUUUAAAUAGAAUACAUCCUGAAUCAAUUGUAUAUAUUACUGCGUAGUUUGUAAAUAAAGAAUUAAUUAAUAAAAUAAAUCAAAUUUAA